AUGCCUCGCAUCCCACCAUCGCUGCCUCUGGUGGCCGUCAUGGGCACCACUGGCACUGGCAAGUCUGAUCUCGCGGUAGACCUCGCAGUGAGGUUCAAUGGUGAGGUCAUCAAUGCAGACGCCAUGCAGAUGUACAAAGGCCUCCCCAUCAUUACAAACCAGAUAUCCGAGGCAGAGCAGCGAGGCAUUCCCCAUCAUAUGCUCGCGGCCAUCGACCAUGGUGAACCGACGUGGACAGUGACCUAUUUUGCAAGAGAAGCACGGCGGAUCAUCCAGGAGAUUCGCAGCAGGGGGAAACUUCCCAUCGUCGUUGGUGGGACGCACUACUACAUCAAUUCGCUUCUGUUCGAUGAUACCAUUGUGGCCGCCGCGGAGAAAGAGGAUGAGGACGUGCAGCUUCGCCCUCAGGAGGAGACGAUAGCCCAGUUCCCAAUUCUUGACGAGCCAACAGACGUCAUGUUCAAAAAGCUGCAAGAAGUCGACCCCGCCAUGGCUGAGCGGUGGCACCCAGACGACCGCAGAAAAAUCAAACGCUCACUGGAAAUCUUCCUGACCACUGGCAAGCGCGCCUCGGAGAUCUAUGCGCAGCAGCAGGCGGAUCGCAUGGCAGCGGGAGACACACCAGCAACCUGGGAAGCCCUCAUGUUCUGGGUCUAUUCAAAGCCCGAGGUCCUGAACGAGCGGUUGAAUACGCGAAUCGACAAGAUGGAGCAGCGUGGCCUUAUGGGCGAAGUUCGGCAGCUUGCCGCCUUUCUCAACGAGCGCAGCGCUUGUGGCGAAGAAGUCGAUCAGACUAGGGGAAUAUGGCAGUCGAUCGGCUUCAAGCAAAUGGAGCCUCUGCUGCAGGCCGAGAAGCGCGGUUCCAGUCAAAUGCAGCUCGACCGCGCAAGAGCAGAGGGUCUAGAGCUUAUGAGGAUCGCGACACGGCAGUACGCGAAAAGCCAGAUCAAGUGGCUCCGCAACAAGACUGGCCCCGAACUCAGGGAGAAGGACGCACUUCCAUAUCUCUUCGUUCUGGACAGCUCGGAUGUCGACAAAUUCUCGACUGACGUGCUGCAACCUGCCGCAGACGUCUUACAGUGCUUCCUUGCUGGCGAGGCGCUACCACAGCCACAAAGUCUCUCCAGUACGGCGCGGGACGUACUGGCACCCUUCAUGGAAAGCGAGAAACCUGCCAAGGCCGAGAUCAAGACUUUCCGCUGUGAUGAUUGCCACCUCACGCUUGUUACAGAGGCCCAAUGGAACGAUCACAUCACGGGCAGGAAACAUCAACGUGUGGUCAAGAACAAGAAAAGGAAAGCACUUGUGCCAGUGCCUGACACAUCUAAAAGUGAUAGCGACGAAGUCAAGAGCGAAGAUGCCGCGAAUGACACGAAAUGA